GACCAUCAGAGUGCAGAGGCCGCAGUGCUGACCCUGCAGGACUCGGAGCACUAGGGAUCGGCAUCAUGAGUGGGUCCUGGCACCCCCGGAGUUUAGUUCUCUGCUUCUACACUCUUACAUUGCUCUCAGCAACAAGUCUGGCAUAUAUUGCUACCAGAGACAACUGCUGCAUCUUAGAUGAAAGAUUUGGUAGUUAUUGCCCCACAACCUGUGGAAUUUCAGAUUUCCUGAAUAAUUACCAAGUCAAAGUAGACAAAGACCUACAGAGCUUGGAAGACAUCUUUAAUCGAAUUGAAAAUAAUACAUUAGAAGCCAAAGAAUUAGUGAAAGCAAUCCAGAUCGGCCAGAAUCCUGAUGAAUUAGCAAAGCCAAAUCGAGUAGACCUGGCCACUAAGCAGUACAGGAAAAUUAUGGAAGAAAUUGUAAAAUAUGAAGCAUUGGUUGUAACACACGCACAAAGUAUUCGGUUUUUACAGGAAAUAUAUGAUUCAAAUAAUCAAAAGAUUAACAACUUGAAAGAAAAAGUAGCCCAACUUGAAGCCAAGUGUCAGGAACCUUGUAAAGACACAGUGCAAAUCCAGUCUAUAACUGGGAAAGAUUGUCAAGAAGUUGCCAACAAGGGAGCCAAGGAGAGCGGACUUUAUUUUAUCAAACCCAUCAAAGCGAAGCAGCAGUUCUUGGUCUACUGUGAAAUUGAUGGAUCUGGAAAUGGGUGGACUGUACUUCAGAAGAGGCUUGAUGGCAGUGUGGAUUUCAAGAAAAAUUGGAUUCAGUAUAAAGAAGGGUUUGGACACUUGUCUCCUACUGGCAACACAGAAUUUUGGCUGGGAAAUGAAAAGAUUCACUUGAUCAGCACACAGUCUACCAUGCCGUAUGCACUGAGAGUCCAGUUGGAAGACUGGAAUGGCAGAGUCAGCACUGCAGACUAUUCCACGUUCAAGGUGGGAUCUGAGGCUGACAAGUACCGUCUGACAUAUGCCUAUUUCAUUGGUGGAGAUGCUGGAGAUGCCUUUGAUGGCUUUGAUUUUGGUGAUGAUCCAAGUGACAAGUUUUUCACCUCCCACAAUGGCAUGCAGUUUAGUACUUGGGACAAUGACAAUGAUAAGUUUGAAGGCAAUUGUGCUGAACAGGAUGGAUCUGGUUGGUGGAUGAACAAAUGUCAUGCUGGCCACCUCAAUGGAAUCUAUUAUCCAGGUGGCACUUACUCAAAAGCAUCCACUCCCAAUGGUUAUGAUAAUGGCAUUAUUUGGGCCACUUGGAAGUCCCGGUGGUACUCCAUGAAGAAAACCACCAUGAAGAUCAUCCCACUGAACAGACUCUCCAUAGGAGAAGGGCAACAGCAUCUUGGGUCAGGCAAAAAGGCUGGAGACGUUUAAAAGACCAUUUCAAAAGUGAUUUUCAUUCAUUUUUUAAUGGACUUUAUCUGAACAGAAAAAUAUAGUGUUUUUUCCUAUGGGACAAUGGACUUGCAAAGCCUCACUUCAUUUUAAAAAUAACCCUUGUUAAAAACUCCACUAACAGUUUUAUACUGGUGAUAAUUUAUCUACAUGUCAUUUCAAUAAACUUUUAUUUCCUAAAAUUA